GCAGUGUGUCUUUCACUAACACGUGUUGCGAGACGCAGGAAAGCAGGUAGCAGGGCAGAUCUCUAAGCUGCGUUGGUCAUUAAAGCGAUUUAUUUAGUUUAUUUGCGCAACCUUAGCCUUUUUCUGUUCACUUAAAUAGUACUCUCCUCCGUGAAGCUAUUGCCGAGAGGACCAGUGUGUAUCUAAGUUAGUCACCGGCUAAAACGCAACAAACACGAUGACUGAAGCUGAAGUGAAUCCUAAAGCCUAUCCUCUGGCAGACGCCACGCUCUCCAAAACCAUUCUGGACCUUGUGCAGCAAGCGUCGAACUACAAACAGCUGAGAAAAGGGGCCAAUGAAGCCACUAAAACUCUUAACCGUGGAAUUUCCGAGUUCAUUGUGAUGGCGGCUGAUGCUGAACCUCUGGAGAUCAUUCUACACCUGCCGCUGCUGUGUGAGGAUAAGAACGUGCCGUAUGUCUUUGUGCGCUCUAAGCAAGCUCUCGGACGUGCAUGUGGAGUGUCAAGACCUGUCAUUGCCACAUCAGUCACCAUCAAAGAGGGAUCGCAGCUGAAACCUCAGAUUCAGUCUGUGCAGAUGUCUAUUGAAAGACUCUUAGUUUGAGCUCAUACCUUUCACACCUUUGCUUUCAGGUUUUUUAAACAGUGAUCUCUUUUGUACUUUGUUUUUGUUUAGUUUUUUUCUUGCAUGCUAAAAUCAAGCAAUGUUGAGUAUGAUCCUCAGUUUCUGACAGCCGAAAUAAAGUUCGGUUAAAAUGAAA